GCUGUUGAAAACAGAGCCGGGCAGAGGCAGACGUUGUUGACAUGACACUGGGAGAAAACCACAAACUGAAGUGACAGCCUCGGUCUAUUAUUAAGCUGUAUUUAUCUGAUUUUACACGAGGAACGAAACACACUUAAGAUGGAGUUAUCCCCUCUUAUAAAGAAAAUAGGCCACUCUCUGGUGGAGAUACGAGUUCGAGCUUUGAAGAGCAUCAUAUCUAAGCUGGACCAUUCCCUCAUCUCUGUCUCCGACAUUGUUCAAGAAAAAAUGCUCUUCGUGUAUCUGCUUGAGUGGUUCAAUUUUCCCGAGGUGCCGAUGCGGGAGGAGGUCCUUGAACUGCUCUUAACUUUAUCAAAGCAUCCUUCAGCAGCGCAGAUGCUAAGAGACGUUGGGGCGGUAGACUUCCUCACACAACUGUCUCCUAAUGUGGAACCCAGACUGCGAGCUGUCAUUGAUGGAACCCUGGACCAGCUGUUCCAGCUACCUGAGCUACUCCCUCGUCAUACAACGGUCUACUUGCAUGGACGGCGCACUGCAACUCCAACAGCGCCUACAAUUUCCCAACCUGAAGAGCAUUUCACAAAAACGGGCUUUUUCAUGAAGAGCACACCAAGUCACACAGAUGUACCCUCUCAGAGGAUAGCAGUGCAUGAGACUGUUACAUGUCUGAAGUUUUCUGUGUUUCCGUGGCUGACUUUGACAAACACAGACAGACACAUACUUUCAUCCAAUGAAAGCUCUCUAAGGAGCAGCAACCCCAACCUGGUGCGGACCACGUGUGAACUUCUUUGUGACGUCAUUAUGCAAGACUUCCCCGCUGAGAUCUUCCUUCAGCGGCCCAAUAUUGUAAAGAAUCUACUCUCUCUGCUGAGGCUGGGCUCAGGUAAAGGUGAGGCGAGCUAUCUUCACUUGCAGGCUCUUUCCUGCCUUCGCCAGCUUUGUGUGGGGCUCAGGAGGAGACUACGCUUUCAUCGAGAUCCAAGUUUCUACUCUAUAAAGCAAGACCCAGUGUCCCAGAACUCCUCCUUUUCUGUGUCCCAUGAGGUGCGAACGCAGCGCUCUCAGGCCUCAUCUCCAGCUGUAGACAGGUCUCCUCGGCCCUCCGUCGUGGGACGCACAGAUCAAAGAGCCCGGGGAGACGGCCAGGACGGAGAUGCAGCUUCAAACAGUGGCAGCUCGCAGAGAGGUGGAGCAGCAGCCCAGGCCCCCAGGCAGACCCCACAGUCGCCUGCAGAUGUGGCCCAUAUGGCGCUUCCUGAUCUGGGUGUAGAAGAUGUCCUGGAGCUGCAGGUACAGCAGCUCACUUUGGCUCAGUUCACUGUUGCAACCUUGGAGCAUGCCAUACCACUCCUUAAGACAGACUCUACGCACGUGUUCCAUCGUGUUCUGGAGCUGCUGUGCAAUGCCGUCCUCCUGCUCAGGGACAGCGUUUGCGAGCUGGUCUGGGACGAGCGCAGCCUGGUGGGGAUGGAGCUGAAGGAGAAGCUACGAGUUUGCAUGGAACUGCUGGGGGAAAUCCUGAGCUACCAUCAGAGCUGUUCUGCAGACAUUCCCCACAGCUGUCAGGUUCAUCACAGAAUGUCUUACACAGGCACUGCUAUUUUCACCAUAAAACUCCUACAGAUCAUUCUUCCUCCUGAAAAGGCUGGUGAAAAUCUCCCUGAAAACAUAGCAACAGCUAUUUUCCACUUAUCCUUGGAUACGUCAUUGGGAAGCUUAUUUCCCAGCAUGCAAGAGAUCGCUGUGGCCUACUUGGAGCAGGUGGAUUCCGACAGACAUGAUCUCUACAGGAGAGUGGCCCGUGCUGCUCUUUGGAUGGAGUCCACCUGCAGCUUCCUCAAGGAAGCACAAGCUGAGGGUGAAAAGAACUGGUUGGAGUUAUUGGAACUAGCGGACCAAGCCAUAAGUGGCCUUCCUUUUCACCAACACCUACCCAUUGUCAAGGAAUGCACUAAGAUCUGCUCCUACCUGUGGAAGUUUGAUCAGCCCAGCCCCCUCCUCCAAACAGAGAGCCAGAAACUGCUCCUCAAACUGCUGUCACAUCCCUUACCGCCUGUCAGGACGGAAACAUAUGAAUGCUCUUUAAACCUGGUCAAGGACUGCCUUGGCAUCCAGAAUGUGUCACGACAGGAAGCGGGAGCCUGUGGUGGAGUGAACUUCCUGCUUCACCACAGGGUGCUCUAUGAAAUAAGCGCUUUUGGACUCCAGGAUUCUUUAGAGAAGGUGAAUGUUGCUGCCAAGGAUAUUCUGCUAUUCCUACUCAAGGGGCGAUUGAUGAUGACAGCCUCAACUUGGGACACAUUCAGUGAGGCACUUUACCCGGUCAUGCCAAUAUUACAGGGUUAUGCCAGCACUGAGGAGUCACUGGGAAACUGCGUCCUGCUGAUAAGUGAUAUGUCAGACAUGGCAAGGGAAAAAUUUCCAAGCACAGCCAAGCUAAAAGCAGCACUGCGACUCCUUUUCACCAAACAACCUACCGUGAGAAUUGCAGCAGUACAACAGAUCCUGCCCCACCUAACCAGCCAUGAUGACGCUACCACAGCUAGACCAGACCUGAAUCAACAAGUGAUCUCCUUGCUUCCAAAUCUGUUCUGCCUCAGAAACCCUCUAGACAUCAGGCUGGACACCAGCAACAAGUCUGUCCUUAAGGUGGAGUCAGUGGAGAAGCUGUUUUCUAUCCUAACAUCAGACACUGUUGACAUCUCCAUCAAAAGAUCAGCAGCAGAGCAGCUUGCUGUUGUGCUACAAGACACCACAAUGCAUCCAGUCCUGAAGAAUCUUGGAAUAACUGACAAAGUCAUAUCUUUCAUUAUGGAGAGUGUAAACGGCAACACGAGCUCUGAUUGCCUGCUGGAGCCUUGUGUUUGCAUCCUGAGGAAGCUGGUGUAUGCAGAUUCAGCUUUGAGGCACAGCCUGGCACAGCGCAACCUCCUGCUCCUCACAGUGCUCAGGGCCUCCCUGAUACUGAAGGAGAACAAAGGCAAUGGAAGUGAGAUUGCUGUCUUAAUGAGCUUGCUGCUAUUUGAUGAAAUUGCAAGCAUCGAAACAUGGUCAGAUAUAUCCAGCGCAGAUGUGUCUCUCGCACCAUUUUCCCUUCCAUUGUCCAUAACACGCAGGUACAACCUCCCAUUCCAGGCAGCAUCCCAUCAUGCUGUCAGCCCAUACUGCUGCAUCCUGCCUCCUUCCUCUGACCUGCUCUCUUUGGCACCCUGCCGCCAAGCUCUACAGGUGGCCUGGAACACCGCAUGGCAUUCUGGGAUGGACAGCCUGCUUGAGAAAAUACAAGGCUGCUCAGCCAGUGUUGAAGAAUUUCAUCCUGACUUAAAGCUGUCAGAAGCUCAGGUUCUAUCGCUGCAGGCCUCACACCUUCCUGCUGCGCUGCAGGACUGCAUCCAGGCCAUUGUCAUGGCAGCGGGACACAGUUCAGCGACCUCCGCCCUCUCCAGACUCAGCCUCUAUUUGCUCAUUGACAGACUGGCCCUCCCUCAUGUUCCCACACACAGCUGCAGAGACAUUCUUCAGUCCCUUGGUUGGCAGGCUGCAUUGACCAGGUUUCUCCAGGUGCGCCCUGCCUGUGUUGAGGAUGAGAGGUUGCUGGUGGGUAUUGUUGCAUUUUUGAAUGCCUACUUCAAACAGGCUCACACCGAGCCCACAUCUGACCCUGAGGAUAAGGACCUACGCUGGAUACUGGAGCUGCUCCUCAACCAGGAAGCUGCCUCCCUCCUUGAUUUGCUGCUGGGUGUAGAGACACAAGCCUCUGCUCAGAGCUCAGGAGAGCUUGAAGAAAUGAAGAACCGUGUUAGUCAGAGACUGCAGAGAGAACUAACCAGCUUCUUUAAAAUAUUACACCAGCGUCUGACACACACCACUGACAGGCUCUGUCUGGCACUAGCAGGCCCCUUCAGGAGCCAGCUGGCAGUCCGUUUGCUUCAGAGCCUGCGGGUGUCCGACGCCCCGCGUUUUUACGGUCUUCCCAGCCUGGAGAGGACACUGCAGGGCAUGGUCAGCCUCACUGCCCAGCCUGGCUGGAGCUCCCAUUGCCCCAGCUUGGAGCCCAUGUCCCUACGCUCCAAAUAUCUCAGCGGACUACUGGAGGUGAUCUCCUCUUUUUAUGUAGAGUGGGGAGGCAACUCUCUGUCGUUCAUGGGCAAAGGUGUGACAAAGAAUGCUGUCAUCUGCCUGCUUCACCUCUCCCAUGAGAUGUUGGCAGAGAACAAAGACAAGGAUUUCAUAUCCCGUUGGUCUUUGGGGAAUGAGGCAGCUACUGAGGAGGGUAGUGCCUCUCCGUUUGGUUUGGCCUGGCUGAUCCCUCUGUGGGUGGAUCGAGAUCAAGAAGUGAGGUGUGCGAGUUUGGGUUUGGGUGCAGCUCUGUCCUCGGUGCCCAGCGGGUGCCGGGCUCUGUGUGCCAGCUGUCAGAACAUCAGCGGAGGUCUGUGGGGCACCCUUCUCAACAUCCUCCUGGAUCAGCAGGAGAGCAGCAUGGUCCGUAGAGAGGCUGCAUUUAUCCUGCAGAAUUUGCUGGUGAUGCCCAUGCCUGCCAACGCAGAGGAGGCUAAGGACUCCCACUGGCAGCACCCAUGUGUCCAUGAUGAGAUGUCUGGUGUGUCUUUAGUGGGGCUCCCAGCUCUUCAGGCUCUGCUCUACCACUGUCAAUACUUCCAGCAUGUUGCUGUCUCUGCCUCCAACUGUUACUGUGGCAGGUACACUUUUCACCUGCAACCUUUUGCUGGUGACACCAGAGGUCCAGAGAAUGAUUCACUGGGUUCUGAGGAUUCUUUGCUGUUUUGGAAGUGUGACCCACCAGCACCCACUGCAAACUCCAGCAGACCCUCGAGCUCCCUCUCCACUUCAAGCACUGUGAUAAGAGGGUCAGGCUCUCACACCCCCAAGAGUCCCUCCCCAUUAAGCAUCACAGAAGAAACACCUGCAAGCAGACUAACAGCUCAAGGCCAGAGCGACACAGACACCAGUGCCUCGGUCAACUCCCAAGACUCCCGACAGGGCGAGCCCUUGGCCGCAGAGCCUGUUGUCAUGGUAACUCCUGAACUCAUGGCAGCCCACUGUGGCCUGCUGGCUAACCUGCUGGCCAUCCUGCCAGAUUUCACCCUCACUGCAGUGCAACACAACCGGCUCCUCCAGGCACUAGCCAGUCUGAUGGAUAUUAGGCCUAUUGAGAAAUGUCUGAACGAGCUAAAGAUGCCAAACAUCCUUCCAGGAGAGAGAGAAAACAUAAAGAUCCAGUUUGUCACAUUACUUCAGUUCCUGUCAAGCUUCUGCAAGCUGCUGCAGUCAUGUGUCCAGGUGAGCCAGGACCUGAUUGGACAGAUGGACUUCCUGAAACAGAUGCUGAUUUCACUCGUCGGGGUGCUCAUGCUGGAUAUCCAAGGAUUAGAUGCAGGUACCCGGGAUGUGGUGUCUGUGUGCUGGGCAGACGUGUUUAUGCUCCUGGCUACUCUGGUGAGGAGGGACGGCUCAGCGUCGUACCCAUCUGUCUCUGCUGCGCUGGGGAGACGCUGGCGGACAUUUGCAGGAACAUUAUUUGUGUGCGUGAAUGAGAAGCUCGCGGUUCCAUCUCUUCACAUGGUGGCUCUGCAGUUUCUCUGUGCAAUCUUCAAUGAGGAGUCAAAGAAUCAGAGUGUUGGGGUCGCAACCUCAAACUCUAAACCUGCUUCAGCUUUGUCUGACAUUGUGAACGGUCCCUCAGCCAGCCAGCUUUGUGAGCUGUUACUGCAGAGUUUUGAGAAGAGGACCCUUCAGGACCCUUUAAAGAAGCUGACAGCCAGAACCCUGAUGACACUGUUAGCCUGCAGCCCCGCUGCUCAAAACCAUGCAGCCAAAGCUGGCCUUAUUGACAGCUGUGUGGAGCAGAUGAAGCAAACUCACUCUCAGCUCCACCUGGAGUCGAUCCGACCCAGAAAACCUUCUCACCGCAAAAAGGAUGAAGGCCAUUUAAAGGAAAUCAAGCUGGCUGUGGAGAUCCUGCGAAGCACUCUUUAUCGCAACGAUGAAUGCAAAACGGUGGCCACAGAUGCCCGCCUGACACUGGCACUCUUUGCUCUCUGGCCUUGGCUCCUAUUGGACGACCCCACUAUGGAGGCGGUGCUGGAGCUUCUGUGCGUUUAUACUGCCAAUUGCACCACAGCAUGUAGUUCCCUCUGUGGCGGUGGUCCUGGUGCUGCACCAGGAUCCAAAGGCACACUGAUGCAUGCCGUCACAAAACUGGCCUCAGGGGUCGCCCCUGAUAACAGCGCCAUCCAGAAGCUAGCCUUCUCUCUGUUGGCUAACCUCGCCAUGUCCAGAGACUGCAGAGGCAUCCUGCAAAAGAACAACUUCCUCCAAGCUUUCCUGUCGGUUCCGAUGCCCAAGGCGAGUAGCGGGAAGGCCACAUCAGGAAGCAGUGGAGGUGGCAGCCUGCUGAGCCUGUGGCUGAGGCUGCUGGUCAGUCUCUCGUUGGCCGAGGACGGCCAGCAGAGUAUCCUCAGGGUGACCGGAGCUCUGGAACUGCUGGCAGACUUGGCGUCACAAAGGCGCCACGCUCUGCUCACCCUUCACAACCUCUGCUUCGGCCCUGCCAACAAACCACAUGUACUUGCCAAUGAUAAAGCCAUGAAGGUGCUACUAAACUGUUUGGACAGUAAAGACACAGAAACACGCUGUUUGGGAGCUUCUUCACUUUGGGCUUUGCUCCACAACAAUCAAAGGGCCAAGACUACUUUGAAGUGUCCCUCUGUUCGCUUGAAAAUAGAGGAGGCGCAUAGCAUCUCAAAGAAAGCAGAUGAAGAGAAAAAGCAGGAGCCAAUGAGUGCCUACCUGUUGAAGUGCCUUGAAAACCUUUCCCAGCUGCUAAAUAAGUGAUUGUCUAUUUAAUGUUUCUUUUGUAUAAUGUUUUAAAUGUGUCUAAGGUACAUUUAUUUUCAUAAUAAAGUACAAAG